AUGGAGGCUCCAUUUGAGGUUUUGCAUAAUGGCAAGUUGCUGUAUUACGCUUGCCUUGGCAGGCCCUCUCUGGCCCACCUGGAAGCCGGGGACUCUGACGACAAAAGAGCCGAGGCCCUCAAGAGGCUGCUGCAAGUCUUUGGCAUGGAGGACCCCCCUCAAUCCCCCCACCGCAUCAAAGAGCCCCCCCAGUACAUGGUGGACCUCUACAACACGGUGGCCGGGGAUGACGGGGUCACCAAGGACCCUGACCUCUUGGAAGGGAACACGGUGCGCAGCUUCCUGGACAAAAUUCACAGUGACCAGUUCCAUUUCCUCUUCAUCCUGUCCAGCGUGGCCAAGAACGAGAGGGUCCUGACAGCGGAGCUGCACCUCUUUAAACUGCGGGCACGGGUGGCUGAUGGGGCCCUCCUCAGGAGGCAGCACUUCUGCCAGGUGAGUGUCUACCAGGUCCUGGACAAAGAGAACUUGGAUUCCUCUGAUGGAAAGAAACUGCUCUCGGUCCGACUCCUGGCUGUGCAUGGCUCCGGAUGGGAAGUGUUUGCCAUCACACAAGCGGUUCGUGAUUGGACAGAAGAAGAAAGCAGCAACCAGGGCUUGUUGGUGACUGUGCGGGGACUUGGAGGGUCACCGCUUGACCCCAGUGCCGUGCAGUUCGCUUCUGGGAGAGAUCACCAUGAGAGCAAGAAACCAAUGUUGGUUUUGUUCACUGACGACGGGCGAAGAGGAAUGAUGCUACCCACCAACACCUUUUUAGAUUCCAGCCUGCAGAACCCAACCUUUCCUGAGCACCUAGGAAGCACCUCAAACAGGACACGGACCCCUCGCUCAGUGGACCCGCAGCUGCCCUGCCAAAGACACCAGCUCUCUGUGGACUUUGAGGAAAUUGGCUGGUCUGGCUGGAUUAUAUCUCCCCGUGGGUACAAUGCCUACCACUGCAGGGGUUCCUGCCCCUUCCCGCUGGGGGAGAACAUGCGGCCCACCAACCACGCCACCGUCCAAUCCAUCAUCAAUGCCCUGAAGCUCAGCCAGGACGUCAGUGGUCCCUGCUGCGUCCCUGAUAAACUCUUCUCCAUCAACCUGCUAUAUUUUGAUGAUGAUGAAAAUGUGGUCCUCAAACAGUACGACGACAUGGUGGCUGGAAGCUGUGGUUGCCACUGAACUCUGGGACGGACAGGGGUUUCCCUUCUUGGUGCCCAAAGCCCCUGAUCCAGGGGAGAUGGUGAAAUCCCACCCUUCAGAAGCAUCCAUAACUAGCCUAGCUGAGUCUCCAUUUUCACUAUAAGCACCUUUUAACUGCUUUGGGAUGCAUACAAGGAGAGAAUCUGACAUUUGCCAGGUACUCAUUUCUCCAAAUUCACAUUUGCUCCAAUCCAUUUCCCAUUUUGUGGGGCCUGCCUCUAGUAAAUUGCACUCCCUUGGGGGUGGGAAAUGAGGGGUGGCUCCUGAAACGGUUAUUACUACCUUUCAAUCUGGUUUUCUUCCAAAGAGCUCAAGGUGGUGUAUAUGGCCAUGUAUUCCUUUUAUCUUCAUGACAACCCUAUGAGGUAGGUUAGGGCGACAGAUUGGGAGAGACUGGUCCAAAGUCUCCCAGUGACUGAGUGGGGAUUUGAACCCAGGUCCUCCUGGCCCUAGUCCAACGCUAUAUCCACAUUGGCAUUUUCCUAGAAUUUUAGAGGUGGAAGGGAUCUUGGAGUCUUCUAGUUCAACCCCCUAUUCAUUGCAGGAAUCUAGGCUGUACAACGUUGGCCCCCCUGCACGUGUUGGUCUACAACUCCCAUCAUCCCUAUUUGCCACUGUGACUGGGGAUUAUGGGAGCUAUAGUCCAACAACAGUUUGAGGGCCAAAGGUGGGUAGCCCUACAGCAUCUCUGACAGAUGGCUGUCCAGCCCCUAUUUGGAAAUCUCCUCUGAAGGGGAGCCCACCACUGCAUGAGGCAGGCUGUUCCACUGCCCAACAGAUCUUAGAGUUAGGGGUAUAAAAUCUUUGCAAACUGUAAUCCUAAACCAAUCUUCCUCUCUCCUUUAUAAUCCAAGCUUCCCCUCUCCCUCCUGCAGAAUGUACCAUAUUGUAUAUAUCAAAAUUGUUAAUUUAUAUAUAUAGAU